AUGGAGAUCAAACAAAGCAUUUGUAUUCACAUUCUCGUGUUGAUCAUAGGAGGUAUAAAAGUGUGUUUGGCGGUAAAGCACCUUAUAGUGACUGAAGGAGACACGUUGGUUUUGAAAUGUCUUCGGAAAGAUUCAAGCGAGAAUGUGCACUUAGAGUGGAGAAAUCCUCAAGGCCACGUCAUGUUCUUCAACAAGCAUAGAGCUCUGAAAGACACAAGGAGCUAUGUUUUCUCUUUAAACCGCUCAGAAUUUACAGUACAUGUGUCUAAUGUUACCCUCAAAGACGAAGGGGUUUACAGAUGUUUACAGUAUGAAGACAAAGUCAUAAAAAAAAGAUACAAAGUAAAAGUUUUGGGUACCCCCAAAAUAGAAAUGGUCAAGGAUGGUGAUCAUACUAUAAUCAAAUGUUCGGCAGCAGCGAAUGGCCAUCCCCCUGAACUGUCCUGGGUACUGAAUGGGAUUGAGAUUGAGGCACAACCCAAUACAAUGUGGAAUUCUGGAUCCAAUAGGUCAGUGGCAGCUAGUGUCAUAAAAAUCAAAAUUCAUACCAUGAAAGCUACAGUGAAAUGCUUGGCAAAACACCAAACUCUUCCAAAGCCACUGGAGAUAAUCAGUAUCAUUGAAAAUCAUGCUGUUACAGCCUCCACGUCAAGCUAUUCCAGUAGAGAUAAACUAAAAACAGAGACAAUGUUCACAGUCACUUCUGCCCCUGUUUUUAGUAGCACAGCACACAUUGAAAUGUCAUCGAUUUCAGAAAGUACUGAAAUGUUCUCAACUUCACAGAGCCCUAUUCAAGGCAGCACGCAAGAAGAUUACAUUUCUACAACCACAGAAGAUUACAUUUCUACAACCACAGAAGAUUACAUUUCUACAACCACAGAGAUUAGCUUGAUAACAAGUGACACAACCUUGUCAGAGUCCAAUUCAACUGAAGGACUACAGACCAAAAAUGGCAGCUCAGACAGCACACAAGGUUUUGGCACAGACGUCCAAGGCAAAAUAGACCAUCAAAAUGCUCAAAAGGACAGCUCACCAUUGCUGGUCUUGCUAGUGACGUGCCUUAUUUUAUGCUUGCUUAUUGUUGUCAUCUUCUUCACGAUUAGACUGCGAAAGGCUCAUUUAGCCUGGAAAAAAGAGAAUGAAGAAUCAGACCAAUCUGUGGAAAGCAGCAAAUCGAAAUCCAGCCAAGAAGAAAAGUUGUCCAAGGAAAGGAGAAGACAAGGUUUUUGGAACACAAAUUUCACGGAAUACAGAGUGGAAGAGACUCCCCAGAAGGAAGAAAAACCAAAUGCUACAGUAGAUGUGAUCACUGAAACACAAGACAGUUCAAGGACAGCUGGUAGCAAACUGGAAGCAGCUUGCAUCAAAGAGACUGAACUUUAGAGAAAUAUUCAGCAGGAUCUGAAUCUGAUUUUUAAAAACUGAUUUUACAGUUUUGAAUUAACAAUGGUGCUCCAUAUUAUGUGAGGAAAGAAGA